GUUUCACACUGUGUUCACACCAAUCCCAUACACUUUUUCAUUCCUUAUAUAUCAAACUACCCCUUCCGUCCCUCCCUGCUCCUUUAUAUUGUAUGUAAAGCUUCAUCUUUUUCUUUAACCUUCAAACUUCUCUUGAAAUUAUGAAUGACACCACCAUAGCUACCUCUCGUAAUGCCAGAAAACGGAGGUUAAAAGAUGAGAAGGAUCAUCGCCUUCAAAGGGAUGACUUUGAACAUGAUGACAACUUGUUUCAUAAUGAUGAUGAACAAGGAGCGAAGAAGAAAGACUUGAAGAGUAUUAUUACUUCGUUGAUAUUGUUGGACGAACAAGACAAGGGCGAUGAAGAAGAGCAGAACAAGGCCUCUGCUGAAGCAAAGUCGCUCUUCGACACUAAUCGAAAGAGGAAGACCAAGACCAUGUUGGAGUAUUACUCCAAUCUUCCAGAUUGCUAUUCAGAAUUUGAAGAAGCUGAACGUAUAAAGAGGAAAAAUUCCCGCUUUCUUGCCUCUUCCGUUGCCACCAUCGCCGCACUUGCUGAUUCAGAUAAUCUUCAAAAAUCUGUCAAGCAAGGGAGCGGUGGGCCGGGCACGGCCCAGCACAGGCGUUUGUGGGUUAAAGACCGGUCAAAGGCGUGGUGGGAUGAGUGUAAUAGUCCUGAUUACCCAGAAGAGGAGUUCAAGAAAUGGUUCAGAAUGAGAAGGCAAACUUUUGAUAUGAUAUGUGAAGAGCUGAAUUCUGUUAUUGCCAAGGAAGAUACAACUUUGCGUAGUGCAAUUCCUGUGAAGCAAAGGGUUGCCGUUUGUAUUUGGAGACUUGCCACGGGUGAGCCCCUUAGACUUGUGUCAAAAAGGUUCGGUUUAGGAAUUUCAACUUGUCAUAAAUUAGUUCUUGAAGUGUGUACAGCUAUUAGGAGUGUGUUAAUGCCAAAGUAUUUGCAAUGGCCGGAGGAAGAUGGUUUAAGGAAAAUUAAAGAAGAGUUUGAAGUCAUGUCUGGGAUACCAAAUGCUGUUGGUUCUAUGUAUACCACACAUAUUCCUAUAAUUGCGCCUAAGAUUAGUGUUGCAGCUUAUUUCAACAAGAGGCAUACUGAGAGGAAUCAGAAGACUUCGUAUUCGAUUACGGUGCAAGGCGUUGUGGAUCCGAAGGGGGUGUUUACUGAUGUAUGCAUUGGUUGGCCUGGUUCAAUGCCUGAUGAUCAGGUGUUGGAGAAGUCUGCUUUGUAUCAAAGAGCCAGUGGGGGUCUUUUGAAGGGUCAGUGGAUUGUUGGAGGUUCAGGGUAUCCCUUACUGGAUUGGGUGCUGGUACCAUAUACACAGCAGAAUUUGACAUGGACUCAGCAUGCCUUCAAUGAGAAAAUUGGAGAGAUUCAAGGGGUUGCUAAAGAUGCAUUUGCAAGGUUGAAAGGAAGGUGGAGGUGUUUGCAGAAAAGAACAGAGAUUAAACUGCAGGACCUGCCUGUGGUUCUUGGGGCUUGUUGUGUGCUGCAUAAUAUCUGUGAGAUGAGUAAUGAGAAGAUGGAUCCAAGCUUGACAUUUGACCUUUUCGACGAUGAGAUGAUCCCAGAUGUCCCUCUAAGAUCAGCCACCUCAAUGAAGGCUAGGGAUGCCAUUGCUCAUAAUCUUUUGCACCAUGGCCUUGCAGGCAAUGCAUAUUUAUAGUUGAAUAAAGUUGUGUUUGUUCAUUUUAUGAGAAUCAUGAUUCUUUUGUUAAUCAAUCAUUAGAGUUGUGUAUUCAUCCAAAUUUGAAGGAGGGGCUAUCUAAAUAUUACAUACAUACAUACAUACAUAUAUAUAUUUGUCCCUCCCUCAAAUUGAAGAAGUUUAUAGCCGAACAUCACAGUGUAGCCUAGGUUCCAUACUCCUACAAGAAAUAAAAGAUUAAUAAAAUGUAACAUUACAAACAA